AUGUCCGAGCACGAAAACAUCGAUGGCCUUCAGACUAUGGGCAUCCUUAACGCAAUGAAGACUGGCAAUGUGCAACUGGAUUUGAUCAUUGCCAUGUGCAUCCCUCUAUUGAUCCGGUUCAUCUUUUCCAACAUGGAAUCCUUGAAAGAUGGUCUCUUCAGCAAUGGGCUUUGGGUCCAAUGGUGGGUCCGGUGGCGAGGAUACCACGAAAGAUUCCUUGUUUCCAAGAGCGUCACGCAGACGGACUCGUGGAGUAGCAAUCCACACACCAGUCUCGACCAUGAUACGCAGAACUCCGUGUUGAUCAAAGCCAUCAAGCUUUACGUUCAUUCAUGUUGCAAGGUCAAAAUGGAUGCUGCAAACCUGGACCUGACAUCCACAUCUGCCAAUACCAAGAAAAAUGAAGGAUACUGGUCUGACGACGACGAAGAUGAUGGGCCAAAGACCGUGGUGGGCCAACUUGCAGAGUACAAACUCGUGAAGCAGCUCAUUCAUGGACGGUGGCAUAACCUUGGAAAAUAUGGCACUCAAUCUCAGUAUACAGUGGAGCUCUUUAUCGUCGAGGUGGCAGACACAAUCGGGAGAAAUGAGGCGGAGAAAGAAAGAACAACUCUGAAGUACCAUUUACGAUCACGAGGACCGACAAGUAUUGAUGAUUUCGUGGACAAAGCAUACAGCUGGUAUUUGGACGAGCUCCGAAAGCUAGAGGACAACUCCCGCCACUACUACGAGCUCAACAAGGUCGAAUCCGAAGACGGCGCAAGCAACGCAACCUACAAGAGGUACAAGCUGAGUGACGAAAAGACAUUCGAAUCUCUUUUCUUCAAGGAGAAAGAGAAGCUGCUCAAGACUGUGCAGCACUUCCAAGAUAAGACUGGAAGGUUUUCCAUCAAGGGCUUCCCACAUAAGCUCGGGUUGCUCCUUCAUGGACCGCCUGGAACCGGAAAAACCUCCAUGAUCAAAGCUUUGGCAAACCACACUGGCAGGUCCAUUGUCAAUGUGCCCUUGGCCAAGAUUAGAACUAACACAGAGUUGCAAUCCGUUUUCUUUGACAACCGAUACUCGGUCCAAGGAGAAGAUGUGGCCAUCAAGCUUGGUUACAAGGAUGUGAUCUACGUGCUCGAGGACGUCGACGCUGCGACGAAUGUGGUGAAGAGGCGUGAUGGCAAGAAAGCGGACGAUCUGCAAAAGGAGAACUUGGAACUGCCUCCUGCAAAGAGCAUCUGGAGAAUGCUCCUUGAGAGCAGUGAUGAAGACUGUCGCGAGUUGGUGAAAGAGCUGAUGGAGAAGUCUGACCGAUUGAAGGCAGAAGCAACCAAACCGGAGGUUGUCAGAUCCUUGGCUUCUGGCAUGUCGCAGCUCCCUGGGCUUGGUUUGGUGGGCUCGGCUGAUGGAACUCUAGCAAAGAUCGGAGAGGACGCCCUGGAAACCGCUAACGCUACCAUCGAAGGCAGGGAAACUGUGGAUAAGUACUUGGGCAUGCACGUCAAGCCGCUCAAGGCACUGCUGGAGCAGGGGGCGGACGUCAAUGACGCGCUUGUCCAGGAGCUACUGAGUAUCCCCGGGGCUAGCACUAGUAUGUCUGUACCUAGCAGCGGAACGGCAACUCCUGUCGAGAGAGAACCGUCUCUUGACGCCGUGAUGGCCGAUGGAGCUCAAGCGAUUGGUCAACAGACGACCGAGCUUCUCGUGGGCCCAUUCUUGCCUGAAGGGGUGGCUACAGCAGAUGGAGGAGGCAACGACAAACCCAAGAAGGCUGCCUACAGCAGCUACAACAAGGACAAGUUGAGCCUCAGCGGCCUCCUCAACGUGCUCGAUGGAGUAGUUGAUACGCCUGGGCGUAUGCUGAUCAUGACUACCAACCAUCCCGAACAGCUGGAUCCAGCUCUUAUUCGGCCUGGCAGAAUCGACUCGAAAAUCCUCAUGUCGUUCAUGGCGACCGAUGAUAUUAUGAAAAUGCUGGAGCACUACUUUCAGGAAGAACUCACAAACAAGCAGCGACUGCGCAUCGGCGAUUUAGCCCUCAACUUGACCCCUGCCGAGGUUGAGCAACUUGCUGCUGAGCAUGACGAGUUGGAGCACAUAGUUUGUGCAUUAGAGGAGAAGGGAAGCCCUCGUCGACCUCUCAAACCAACUGCUGGUAAGGCAACGUCGAUCCUUUUGGGGAAGAACCCUAAGAUUUCCUAG